GGAUUUUAUUUAUAUAGACCAAGGAAGCUCCUUGCAUUGACUUACAACCUUCUCUUCUUUCUCUUUUCAAUCAAUCUCUCGAUAAACUGUAAUUGCUCUCUGAUGAGAAUGAAUGAGGCGAAUACGCCAUGGGUGUUAGACGAUGAAUCUUCAAUCAAGUCCGACAAUUGCUCAGGGUCGAAUCGCGUGAAGUAUCUGUACAGCUAUGGAGGGAAGAUUCUCCCUCGAUCCGCCGACGGGAAGCUCCACUACGUUGGCGGCGAAACGAGGGUCAUGGCUGCCAACAGAAACAUCAGUUUUGCAGAUCUUAUUGCGAAGAUGGCAGAGACGCUGGGUUCCGAUGUGUUGCUCAAGUGCCAGUUGCCUGGCGAAGAUCUCGAUGCUCUUGUCUCCAUUAAAUCCGAUGAAGAACUGCAUAAUAUGUUAGAGGAAUAUGAGAUGCUUCCGACCAAAUUGCGGGUCUUUUUGUUUCCAAAACCUGCCAAUCCAUGCCGAGCGGUUGCGUUGAGCGGCCCAUCAACGCCUCGGAUUCAAUUUGCGCGGAAGGCAGCAAAGGAGUCAUCAUAUAGGAAAGCAGCAGCUUUUAACUGUAUAUCGAAAAAUCCUUGCCAGGGAGGAGGCUUAGCACACUUCCUUGUCCAGUAUUAGAGCAUUUUACUCAGAUGAUAAAUCCAAAAACCAUUAACCAAAACAAAUGUACAAGAUUAGUCCAGUGGAGAAUUCACUACAGAGUGUGGUUACGAGCAUAAUUAUGUUUCACUCCAAAGAUCCACGCAUUCAGCCAUUUUACCGAAACAAAUAGGGUGAAAUUUCCUGCAAACAUAUGAUCAAAUAAUAUAAAAUCUGCAGUUCGUAUUUUCAGGAGGUGUGGUUGCAUAGAACAAUAGAUCAGCAUGCUUGUGAAUUCGUAUGUCAGGAGGUGUGGUUGCAUAAAACAAUAGAUCAGCAUGCUUGUGAAUUCGUAUGUUCAAGAGGUGUGGACGCAUAAAAUAAUAUAACAAACGGUAAAGUUUGCCUUAUACCAGUGGAAAAGGAAUCCAAAAGAAGCCGAAGGGAAAUGAAUUUUGU